ACGGAUGUUCUUUAAGCAAUAAAUAAUUAUUUUUGUAUUGUUGCUGUAUUUAAUAUUUUUAUAUAAUUUUUGCAAACCAUACGAAUUUAUAGUUUUUCAGUAGAGGGUAAUGGUUAAUAAUUGUACUUAAUAUUCUUGUAAAUGACCUUUUAAGUCGCUCCAUAACCUAACUCGAUUGCUCUACGAGACUGCGAGCAUUAAUAUUUUGACAGUUUCGAAUGAUACGUUAUUCUACUUCGCUGUCCCGCAUGUAUACAACUGGAAAUUAUGUAUAAAACAAAAAACUCUGUGUGUAUCUGACGCACAAUGAAAUUUCUGUGACAAAUUGCUUAUGGAAAUAUUUUCUAAAAAUGUCCGCAAUUAUAGAUGAUAAAGUGGUUGCAGGAGCGAAAUCUGCAAACAUUGUUAAAGAAGACCCUAUUGUAGCAUUGACGGAAAGAGUAAAUGCACUAUAUCUCUUUCGUGAUCACUAUUUUGAAAAUCACUCGAUUGAAGAGGCGAUUAAAAAAAAUCAAGAUGUUGAAAAGGAAAUGAAGGAUACCAUAAACAAAUUUGAUGAAUGUAAGGGAUAUGAAAUUGAUGGAUCGAGAGCAAAGUAUUACUACCUGAAAGGGAAGGCUCUAAAUGUCACAGAACGCUUUAUACCUCAGGCAGAAGAAUUGUUAACUAAAGCAGUAAAACUAGAACCUAAUUUAGUAGAAGCAUGGAAUGAAUUAGGAGAAUGUUAUUGGAAAAAUGAUGAUAUUCAAACAGCAAAGAAUUGUUUUGUGGGAGCUUUACGUCAUGGUAAGAAUAAAGUGUCAUUGAGAAAUUUGUCAAUGGUACUUAGACAAGAAACAAUUUGUAGCGAUGAGCAACGAAUAGAAAAUAUACAAAAGGGCGUGGAGUCUGCUAAAGAAGCGGUUAGUCUUGAUGCAACUGAUGGAGUGUCCUGGGCAGUCUUAGGAAAUGCCUAUUUGUCUUCCUUUUUUACAAUUGCACAAAACCCCGCUGUCUUACGACUGUGCAUGUCAGCUUAUGCACAGGCAGAAAAAGACGUUAUAGCUAAAAGUAGUCCUGAUUUAUUUCACAAUAAGGCAGUAGCCUCAAGGUAUCAAGAAGAGUACAGUUUAGCACUCGAAUCGUUUGAUCGAGCAAUGCAAUUAGAUCCAACAUGGGAAAGACCACGUAACAAGAAGGACGAAUUGUUACAAUAUUUAAAAGAUGUGCAAAAUGCUAUAAACAAUAAAGGAAGAGUAAAGCCGAAGAAACUGUACCAAAUGAUAAGGGCAUUGGAUGUUAAGCAUUUGGGACCAUAUAAGGGUGGCUCUUUUACUUCGGGCCAGGAGACUAUAAAGCUAGAUUUAGUAUCGCUAAAAGACUUAUCAGUCGGUGUAAAUCCAGAGAAAGUUAUAUUUGGAAAAGUAAUAUGCUGGAUAGAAGAUUGUGUACCCUUCACUUUUUGUCUCGUUGACGAAGAGAAAAUAUGUAUCGCUGUAACAGUCUACAAUCUUGCAAAAGGCCGUGGAGUCGCAGUGGGAGAUUCUGUUGCUAUACCUGAACCUUUUGUAAUUCAUCAAAAAUUCUCUUACCUGAACAACGACUUUGACUUUAAAUCUAUACGUGUUGAAACUCCAGUUAUAAUGGUUGUUAAUGGAAGAAAAUUGGGUAGGGAGAAAGAAGUAUCCGCAAAAUUAUACACGUUCAAAAAACACGAUUGAGAUUUGCAUAAAUAUUCGUUCACG